AGGAACCAUGGAGACGCCGCUACCCAAAGCGACGCAAAAAAGGCAAGUGACUGCCAUUAUUAUUCUAUUACUAUUGUGGGAGGUGGGUGGUGCGGUCAUUAAGUAUUCCGUUCUAGAAGAGAGACACAGCGGCUCAUUUGUGGCCAACCUAGCAAAAGAUCUGGGGUUGGGCUUAGGAGAGCUGGCCUCGCGGGGCGCCCGGAUUCUUUCCAAAGGGAAUAAACAGCAUUUGCAGGUCGAGCACAAGAGUGGGAAUUUGCUCCUAAAAGAAAAACUGGACCGGGAAGAGUUGUGCGGUGACAUGGAUCCAUGUAUACUGCAUUUCCAGGUGUUACUGAAAAACCCGGUGCAGUUUAUUCAAGGUGAAUUACAGCUCCAAGACGUAAAUGACCAUGCCCCUGAGUUCCUGGAAAAUGAAAUCCUACUGAAAAUCUCAGAAAGUAGCCAUACAGGAACCGCAUUUCCUUUGAAAAUAGCUCAAGAUUUAGAUGUGGGCAGUAACACAGUUCAGAACUACACAAUUAGCACCAACUUCCAUUUCCACCUUUUCACUCGAAAUCGCAGCGACGGCAGGAAAUACCCGGAGCUGGUGCUGGCCAAAGAGCUGGACCGUGAGGAGCAGCCAGAGCUCAGGUUAACCCUCACGGCGCUGGAUGGUGGGUCACCGCCAAAGACUGGGACUUCCCAGGUUCUCAUCAUGGUCCUGGACAUAAAUGACAACGCCCCUGAAUUUGCUCAGCAGCUCCACGAGGUGCAGGUCCCAGAGAACAGCCCUAUAGGCUCCCUUGUCAUCACUGUCUCUGCCAGAGAUUUGGAUGCUGGGACCCACGGAGAGCUCUCCUACUCAUUUUUCCAAUCAUCAAAUCAAGUCAUUCAGGCCUUUGAAAUCAACACAGUAACGGGGGAUAUUCGAUUGAAAAAAAUGUUGGAUUUUGAGGAAAUUCGAUCUUACCGUAUGGAAAUUGAGGCCUCAGACGGUGGGGGUCUUUCAGGAAAAUGCACUGUAGCCAUAGAAGUGACGGAUGUAAACGAUAACGCCCCUGAAUUGACCAUGUCAUUACUCAUGAAUGAUAUCCCAGAAAACACCCCUGACACUGUGGUCGCUAUUUUCGGAAUUUCAGAUCCAGACGCCGGGGACAAUGGCAAAAUGAUGUGUUACAUCCAAGACCAUCUCCCAUUCCUUCUGAAAAUUUCUGUAGAAAAUUUCUACACCUUGGUAACAGAAGGAGCGCUGGACAGAGAGAGCAGAGCCGAGUACAACAUCACCAUCACCGUCACUGACAUGGGAACCCCCAGGCUGAAAACCGAGCACAACAUAACCGUGCUGGUGUCCGACGUCAACGACAACGCCCCCGCCUUCACCCAGACCUCCUACACCCUGUCCGUCCGCGAGAACAACAGCCCCGCCCUGCACAUCGGCAGCGUCCGCGCCACAGACAGAGACGCGGGCGCCAACGCCCAGGUCACCUACUCGCUGCUGCCGCCCCUCGACGCGCACGUGCCCCUGGCCUCCCUGGUGUCCAUCAACCCGGACAACGGCCACCUGUUCGCCCUGAGGUCCCUGGACUACGAGGCCCUGCGGGCGUUCGAGUUCCGCGUGGGCGCCGCCGACCGCGGCUCGCCCGCGCUCAGCAGCCAGGCGCUGGUGCGCGUGCUCGUGGCGGACGACAACGACAACGCGCCCUUCGUGCUGUACCCGCUGCAGAACGCCUCGGCGCCCUGCACCGAGCUGGUGCCCAGGGCGGCCGAGGCGGGCUACCUGGUGACCAAGGUGGUGGCGGUGGACGGCGACUCGGGCCAGAACGCCUGGCUGUCGUACCAGCUGCUCAAGGCCACGGAGCCCGGGCUGUUCGGCGUGUGGGCGCACAACGGCGAGGUGCGCACGGCCCGGCUGCUGAGCGAGCGCGACGCGGCCAAGCACAGGCUGCUGGUGCUGGUCAAGGACAACGGCGAGCCGCCGCUCUCGGCCAGCGUCACGCUGCACGUGCUGCUGGUGGACGGCUUCUCGCAGCCCUACCUGCCGGCCCCUGAAGCGGAAGCGGUGGACGCGGCCCCGGCCGCCCCUCUCACCGUCUACCUGGUGGUCGCCUUGGCGUCGGUGUCGUCGCUCUUCCUCUUUUCGGUGCUGGUGUUCGUCGCGGUGUGGCUGUGCAGGAGGGGCGGGGCGGCCUCGGUGGGUCGCUGCUCGGUGCCCGAGGGCCCCUUUCCGGACCACCUACUGGGCGUCAGCGGCACGGGGACCCUGUCCCAGAGCUACCAGUACGAGGUGUGUCUGACGGGAGGCUCCGGGACCAGGGAGUUCAAGUGUCUGAAACCUCUUGUCCCCAACAUCAUGGGUGAAGGGGUUGGUACGGACACCGAGGAAAACUCGAACUUUAGAAACCAUUUGGGGUUCAGUUAAGAAUCUCACUUGACAAGACGUGAUAAAUGAUCAUAUUCACUAAUGUAUUAAUUUCCAACCCUUUCAUUCACAUAGAGCUUACAUAUUCACUCAUUCGUAAGUUUUGUCAUAUUUAUAGUUUGAAGUAUUUUACAUUCAGAAUCUCUAGGUGUUUUUUAUUGUUGCUGUCUUUUUUUUUUUUUAAGCCCUUCACAUUUUGCAUGUGAGAUGAGACAUUAAAUGGUGAAAUGGUCUCAGUUUUUUGGUGGUCAGAUUUUCGGAAGUCACAAAUGUUUUCAGAUUCCUGAUAUUUGAGCUUGUUCGUUGAUAUCUUGUUAUGACUAAGAGAAUUAUGUUUUACGAUUAUCAUAGCAUGUCAGGCUAUUGUAAAUGAUGGCUUUUAGGUUUAAAAAUAAUUUUCACCUAUGCAAAACAUUUUGUGACCUCGAAUAUCGCUGGAUUUCUGUAGUGUUGUUUUGAAAACACUAUUGUCUUUCCUCAAAUGAACUAAUAUUUUAUCUGGAUGUUUUCUGAGUAUUCUCUUUUACAAAAUUGAUAUUAUUUAGACCGUCUGCCAUAAUUUAAAAGGACUUAAUCCCAGUUAAAUAGAAAAAAUGUUGGUAGAGUUAUGAUUUCUUUUUCAUAAUAAAUGGUUUUUAGUAUGCAAAUAAUGAUUUUCAUUCUUUUAAAAUAAUAUGUAGUCACAUGAUUCAAACAUAUUCAAUAAGACCAAAAGAGAAAGUGAAUUAACACCAUGAUUCUCCCACUCAUGAAUAAUUAUCAAUGUCAUCAUCAUUCUAAAAUAUUUCUAUGAUGCUUAUAAGUUACUAGCUGGAUGGAAAUAAUUUUAUAAAACGAAUCUGUAAGAAACUGCUUCUUUAUAAUUAAAACCAUCAGAUUUUACUGAA